UCUUUACAGAAAAGAGAUUUCAGCAGCAUUAUAUGCUGCUAACAAGGGAGGGAACCAGCCCUGUAAACCCCCAACUUGAGGCUGAACAGAGAGGUGAGAGCUUUUACUGACAAAAGACUGCGUAAAGACAAGCACUGCCCACCCAACUCUUAGCUAUUGUUGGCUAUAUCAUACAUCAAGACAUCCACAGCUGAAGCUAUGAAAGACAUAAACACAUCUACUUUCAAAGGUCCUUACUCAAAACUGAACUGGGAUGCAAUAAAUCAGCCCCCACAUUCACACACACAAACAAAAAAAAAAAAAAAAGAAAAAAGAAAAGGAAAGAAAGAAAGAAAGAAAGAAAGAAAGGAAGGAAGGGGAAAUUCAGAUUAGUCACAAAGAAGUUCCCCCGCCUGCUUCUCUGUGUGCAUAAAGCAGUCUCCUGAAGGCACUGUCUUCACUUCAUCUCUGCUCCUGUUCCAGGAGCACCUAGCUCAUCUGCCCCCUGCUCCUCCAGGCUCCUGCUGUGCUCCUGGCCCCUUCCCCAGCUGCUGCUGUCAGUGUUGCUGAGAUGGAAGGACAGCCAGAUGUAGAGUCAAGAAAUCAAGACCGGAUGGAUCACGAAAGAGAACCUACAGAGGAUGAGUGGAAGAGCUGGCAAAGAGGACAGGUUAGGAACACGCUGCACCUCGUGUCUGCAGCUGCUCAGUGGAUAUUACUGCUUGCCUGCUUGAUUUACCUUGGUAUAGAUUCUCUGCAACCCUCAACGUGUCAGAGCGACAAAGUGCCGUGGAUCCAUAUCCGCUACUCAGGUGAAAGUACCGAAGGAGUAGCCGUGAAUCUCACUGAUGAAGGAGGCUCUAUUCAGAUCAGAAAUGGUUCCAUCAUGAUCACCUGUGAUGGCCUCUACCUGGUGUCCUUGAAGGGUCGUAUCAUUUUCCUUGACCUGAAGGAGGAGGACUCGCUGAAGCUGACACUGCAGAAGACAGAAAACAAGACGAGCCAGGCCUUCUGGGAGCAAACUGUCCAGAACAGCGGUGAUGCAGUAAAUCUCACCACAGUGAUCUACUUGUUUGCUCAAGAAAACAUCACCCUGUGGACCAGCUCCAAUGCCACCAUCUCAGAUUUGUCACUUAGCCUUAUAUUACUAAGUCCCUUCAUUUACUCGCUGUAGAAGAUGAUGUAUGAAACGUAACAUGUAAAGUACAGCCUUUCCUACCAAUCCAUUUGCAUGUGGGAGGCUUGUUCUCACAGGCUGUACUUGUACAGGCAGACUGCUCUAGCCUUGGGGCUGUGGAGUGCAGAUAAAUCACAGUGCAAACGGGCUUUAUAUAGUGCAUGCCAUGUUCAUCUCUUUGGAGAUCUGUGCAGCUGUUUUGCUACCUAAGAUGGAUCUUUAUAACACUGGAGAAAGGGAUGCAUGGAGCCCUUGAGAAGAACAGAAACGAAAGCCAAAGGAAGUCACCUAAGCUUAGCUCAUAUUCAGAGAAACCCUUGGUUUCUCUAUUUACUUGACAGUAUCUAUAUAUAGUACAAAUGCGCUCUAUAUUUGCUAAAAUAAAGGUAUGGUAAAUCAGAAAGAUACCUCAAGUGUCUUGAAGCCAUUUGGAGAAGGAGGAGAACAGAUCUGCUCAACAGCCCUUUGCCUGGCAAGGCGGGAGACAGGCAAGAGGCAGCAAGGGACUUCCUUUGCAGUGAUCCAGAUAAAUGCUCUCUGAGAGGUAAAGGCCACGAAAGGAAGCUGGUAUUUUGAAAUGAGCUAACAGGACUGCACUGGACAGCAGAAACACAGGUUCUGCAGAGACUAUGAGGUUUUUAGGAGCAGCUUUUAAGAGUGGAGGCCCACUGGCUGUUCCAGCUAUCUGCAGAUUACUGAAGCCUAGGCCAAGGGAAUAUCUGGUGGGACAUUUACAUCUUGACACCAGGUCUCAGAGGUGUAAGUUGAAGGAGAAUCUCCUUUGAGCACACACACAGAGACUGGCUUGACCCAAAAACAAUCCAGGCACAUAAAAAUUUGGAAAAACAUUAAGACUCUGGAUUUGGUGGGUUCUUUCUAAUACACCAAGUGAAACCUGCAGGUCUGUGCAACCUUUCCUCUGGGAGGACUCAGAUGGUUCCUGUGAGCCUCGCAGUAGACCUUGCCAUACAGCUAUGCACCGCAGAGAGAUUCACAGGCACGAGCUCCAUGAUGUGCCUGUGCACCCAUGCACACCCUGCCUGGCUCCCGCUGAAGUCAGACAGCUCUCAGCAAUCACGGGCUGCGCAUCCCUCUUCUCAUUACAGCUUCUCACUGCUGAGGACAAGUCCUGCCCUGCCCAUGCUUCAAGAAACGUGACAUGAGAACAGCCAGUGACUGUUGUAUUUUUGGUUGAAGUGGGGCAGAUUUCAAGGGCAAGUUGACUACUUGGCUCCCAAUGAACUCCAGCAACAUUCCAGCAUCUCACUGCUGGCUGUACACUCCAAAGUCUUUUGUUAAAAGUAUUUAUGUAUUUAUACUAUAGGCAUAAGAAUGUUACUUCAGAUUUCUUAGAAACAGUGGGAAGGGUUUGAACUUGAGGUUGUCAGCACUAAGCUCCUCUUUGCAGAUGCUCCUAAUGCACUGGAGUAUUCCUGCUAUGCAGGCACUGUGUUACCACCUGCCUUGGCUCCUUGGCUGAUCUGCUCCUGGCUGAGCAUCCUGCAGGCUCAGGUGCCAAAGGCAGCUAAGGAAAUCUUCCAGGCCUUGGUGAGCUUUUCCAUAUGCUUUAUGCUACUGUUGGCAGGUUUUAUGAACUUCACUACCUGGGGCCAGGCUGCAGCCCCAGGGGAAAUCUCUGUGGCUGAAGCAUUUAUUCAUACAGUGCCAAGAAGCAGCUUUUUCUCAUCUCAGGACUGAGAAGCUGUGGGCUGACUUGUACCUGCAGGAUGCCCCUUCUCCGCUGCAAGGGCCAUUUUGGGCUUUAACCUCUGGCCACUCUGCGCACCACCAGGACCAAAGGCAGCUGCACCGUGUCCCCAGGCUGGGGAUUGUCAUGCUCCCUGGCUGAAGUGAGAAUGUGUUUCCCUUCCUAAAAGCUAAUAAAACUUUCCUUUGUGACCUUCAGGCUUGCAGUGUCCCUUGGGAGUGGGGAGACUGGUGAAUUAUACAUUCACUGUGUUUGAGCAGACAUUUUCACUGGUAUAAAACCUAUAUGAAAUUUUCACAUCCUUUUUUUUUUUUUUUUACAGUUCAGCUUCAGUUUCAGCUCUCCCCAGGGGCAUGCAGGGCUGGUGCUUCCCAACAUGGGCUAACACAGACAGGGCAGGCCAUGUCAGUGGUUUGGACAGGGGUGCACAGGACAGCAAGAAAGAUUAAAUCUAAACAACACAAAUGGAUUUGUGUAUUGGAAGGGUGCGCCCUUUCUUCUUGUUUAGAGCAGGAGAGGGCAUUUCACACUCUGAUUCCUCUGCACUUUCAGGCUGAACUAGACUGGCCUACAUAUAUGCAUGUACAUGCAUUUG